AUGGCCGACAUCUUUCUCUUCAUCGACGAAACCCUCGACUGGUGCACCCACUACGUUAACCGGAUCGAGACGCUCCGGCUUAUGGAGGCUGCCGCCCCUCCCGGCAACCAGCAGCUGCUUCAGAAGAUAGCUAGCACCAAGAAGCAGUACAUGGACCACCUCGCCGCUCUGGUCGCAGCGACCCAGAUGGUGCUCAAGACUUACACAGACCACCGCACCGCCUCGCGCAACGUUUCGGGUGAGACGACCCUCUACACCGACGACGACGACAAGGGCAGCACCAGUGCUCCGAGUGAGUCAGAGUACUACUCGGCCACAGAGGAGGCUUGA